GCCACCUCAGCUGGCUUUCCGCUGUGCAGACAGGAGGCAAAGUGAGCCAGGCCAGCCGCAUCAGGAACCCACCCGAACUCACUCAGAGAUGAGGGUAGGGACUUGCUGUGGGUGAGGGGCGGUGGGAAUCUAGAAGGAGAGAGAGGGGGGAACCCAACGCUCCAGAAGGAGAUGAGACCACCAGCGAGGCCUGAGAAAUCUGCACUGGCAAAUCCCUCUGGUACGUUUCAGGAGAUGCCUGCUCCUUAACCUCCCCCUCCACUCCUACCCCUCCGACUAUAAUGAUUAAACCCGUUCCACCGCGCCUGUGCGGGGUCUCGGGCGAAGAGCAGCGCUAGCCUGCGCGGGGGAGGAGAGAGAGAGAGAGGAGGGCGAGAGGAGGGGACAAGAGAGCUAGCGGUCCCGCCCGGUGAUGUAGGCAGCCCGGGGAGGUGGAGUCGCGACGCCUGAAGGAGUCCCCACCGCAGUCGCGCUCUCGGUCUAACCCUCCGAGCCGCCAGCCGCCAGCCCCGGCUUCGGUGACCUCCCUGCCGCCGCAAUUUGGGCGGCGGGGACCGCGGGAUCCCCCCAGUUCGGGCCUAGGGGACGCCUCCACCCCGCCCAACCCCGGCCCCUCCUUGCUUCCCGGACGGCUGGAGCGACUCCCGGGGGAAGCUGUUCCCAGACGCUCGGCCGCCGCCCGGGCAUCUCGGCCGCCAGCCCGGCUGGGCACCAGGCAUCUGUGAAGCUAGCUCUGCCUGGCACUGGGCAUCUCCGGGCACCGAGGCACCGACUGUCUCCGGCGCCGCCCAGCUUCUCGAGAGCCCGGGGCCGCGGGCUUCUGCGCGCCCUCCCCUCCCCCGGCCGCCGGGCAGGGCGCCCGUGAGCUCCCUGCGCCCCCAGGCCCUCUGGCCGCCGCCGCGAUGCUGCCCUGGAGACGUAACAAAUUCGUGCUAGUGGAGGACGAGGCCAAGUGCAAGGCGAAGAGCCUGAGCCCGGGGCUUGCCUACACGUCGCUGCUCUCCAGCUUCCUGCGCUCCUGCCCGGACCUGCUGCCCGACUGGCCGCUGGAGCGCCUGGGCCGCGUGUUCCGCAGCCGGCGCCAGAAAGUGGAGCUCAACAAGGAGGACCCGACCUACACCGUGUGGUACCUGGGCAACGCCGUCACCCUGCAUGCCAAGGGCGACGGCUGCACCGACGACGCCGUGGGCAAGAUCUGGGCUCGCUGCGGGCCGGGUGGGGGCACCAAGAUGAAGCUGACGCUGGGGCCGCACGGCAUCCGCAUGCAGCCGUGCGAGCGCGGCGGCUCGGGGGGCUCCGGGGGCCGCAGGCCGGCGCACGCCUACCUGCUGCCGCGCAUCACCUACUGCGCGGCGGACGGGCGCCACCCGCGCGUCUUCGCCUGGGUCUACCGCCACCAGGCUCGCCACAAGGCCGUGGUGCUGCGCUGCCACGCCGUGCUGCUGGCGCGGGCGCACAAGGCGCGCGCCCUGGCCCGCCUGCUCCGCCAGACCGCGCUGGCUGCCUUCAGCGACUUCAAGCGCCUGCAGCGCCAGAGCGACGCGCGCCACGUGCGCCAGCAGCACCUCCGCGCUGGGGGCGCCGCCGCCUCGGUGCCCCGCGCCCCGCUGCGCCGGCUGCUCAACGCCAAAUGCGCCUACCGGCCGCCGCCCGCGGAGCGCGGCCGCGGGGCGCCGCGCCUCAGCAGCAUCCAGGAGGAGGACGAGGACCAGGACGAGGAGGCAGAGGAGCGCGAGGAAGGAGACCCCCAGCGCGAGCGGCCCGAGGUGCUCAGCCUGGCUCGGGAGCUGAGGACGUGCAGCCUGCGGGGCGCCCCGGCGCCUCCGCUGCCCUCGCAGCUCCGCCGCUGGAAAGCCGGCCCCCGGGAGCGGGCAGCCCAGGCGCGCUGAGAGCCGAGGGGGCAGGACUCGCGGCCCCAGACCCGGCCGGCCUGACUGACAGCUUCCAACCCCGGCCUGCCCGCUACGUCUCUCCCUGGUCCCCGGGCCCCUGUCUCCCUCGUGGUCUCUGUUGUUGUCCGCCCCGCACCUCAUCCUGGCUCAGGGAGACGCCUGAUAUGCCCUUGAGUAUUGGGGGACGAGUUAGGGGGGUCGCAGUAUUCAGUGUUCACGGCCCCAUCCGAGCCUCCCGGUGCCCUCAAUUGUGGAAUCGCCGCCUGUGCUUUACACCAAGUCUCUUUGCCCGUAGACCACACCCUCUCUCCCAAAACAUCCUCUCUAGAGAAGGCGGGGAACAUUUCCAGAAAUCCAGGAGGGUGAGCUUGGAUCCUGGCCAGGUGGAGGCACUGGUCCUGCCCUCGGCCAGUCUAGAUUGCCUCCCUGGGAUGAGACCAAUAGGGGGAAGAGUAGUCGCCGUGGAGAAUUGAGGCCAGGCCCGAAGUGGCAACAAAGCCGGCUGCCAUACACACCAGGAGAAACUCUCAGGCCCUCUGCCUGGCCUCUCUGCCCCUUGGAGAACUUCUGGGACUUCACUGCUCUUCCUCUGGAGAAGACUGAGAUGGUCCUACCAACCUAAAGAACAGGCUAGUCCAGGUAACAGCUCUCUGCACCAGGCAGCUGCCCAAGCCUGUGCCCUGGCACCUGCCACCCUCACAGGACUCCUCACCCACCCCAUCUCUCUGCAUACAGAUGUGUGUGGUUCCCUGCUAGGUGCCUUGAAAUCGGGACCAAGAUAGGGCCUUCAAUGGAGGCAAGGGGAACCUUUGGCAGGUGCUUGAGGCCACUGACUAUCCAGAAAACGGACACAGGAAGGAUGCCCCCAAGUCGAGGCUUGUCAGAGCAGGAGGGUCCUGACAGCCACGGGAUUCUCACAGCAGGAUGAGGCAGGAGGGUGUGGUAACCCAACAGAGAAAGUGGGCCCCUGCCCACGUGUGUCUCAACAAGGCCACUAAAAGCCCAAAGAUCUAUGUGUCACCAAAUGAUCAUUGUAAAUAAAGUGUUCUGCUUUUUCAGCCUGUCA